UAAAACUAACACCUUAAAAAAACAAAACAGAAAAAGGCUUUGUAUUCUUUGACAAACCAGCUCACAGGCAUUGCAUGAUCAAACUCAUAGGAUGAAGUCAAGUGGCGGUGAGGAGAAGAAGUUGGGGAAUGGAGUUGUUGGGAUUCUAGCUGAAACAGUGAACAAAUGGGAGAGACGAACGCCCUUGACACCGUCGCAUUGCGCUCGCCUUUUACACGGUGGAAAAGACAGAACCGGCAUUUCCCGCAUUGUGGUUCAGCCAUCUGCUAAGCGUAUCCAUCAUGAUGCCUUGUAUGAAGAUGUUGGAUGUGAAAUUUCUGAUGAUUUGUCUGAUUGUGGGCUUAUACUCGGUAUCAAACAACCUGAGCUAGAAAUGAUUCUUCCAGAGAGAGCUUAUGCUUUCUUUUCACAUACUCAUAAGGCACAGAAAGAAAACAUGCCUUUGUUGGAUAAAAUUCUUUCUGAGAGAGUGACUUUGUGUGAUUAUGAGCUCAUCGUUGGGGAUCAUGGGAAACGAUUAUUGGCGUUUGGUAAAUAUGCAGGCAGAGCUGGUCUUGUUGACUUCUUACAUGGACUUGGACAGCGAUAUCUAAGUCUAGGAUACUCAACGCCUUUCCUUUCGCUCGGUUCAUCGUAUAUGUAUUCCUCAUUGGCUGCUGCAAAAGCCGCUGUAAUUUCUGUAGGUGAAGAAAUUGCAAGCCAGGGGCUGCCUUUAGGAAUCUGCCCUCUUGUAUUUGUCUUCACCGGAACAGGAAAUGUUUCUCUCGGGGCACAAGAAAUUUUCAAGCUUCUUCCUCACACUUUUGUUGAACCAAGCAAACUUCCUGAAUUAUUUGUAAAAGAAAAAGGAAUUAGCCAAAAUGGGAAAUCAACAAAGCGAGUCUAUCAAGUAUAUGGUUGUAUCAUUACCAGCCAAGACAUGGUUGAACACAAAGAUCCAUCAAAGUCGUUCGACAAAGCCGACUAUUAUGCACACCCGGAACAGUACAAUCCAGUUUUCCACGAAAAGAUAUCGCCGUAUACGUCUGUUCUUGUAAACUGUAUGUACUGGGAGAAGAGGUUUCCCCGUCUUCUGAGCAUCAAACAGCUUCAAGAUUUAACAACAAAAGGACGCCCACUAGUGGGGAUAUGUGAUAUAACUUGUGACAUCGGUGGCUCCAUUGAAUUUGUUAAUCGAGCUACUUUAAUCGAUUCCCCUUUCUUUAGGUUUAAUCCCUUGAACAAUUCAUACUACGAUGACAUGGAUGGGGAUGGCGUACUAUGCAUGGCCGUCGACAUUUUACCCACAGAAUUUGCAAAAGAGGCAUCCCAGCAUUUUGGAGAUAUUCUUUCAGAAUUUGUCGGUAGUUUGGCUUCGAUGACUGAAAUUGCAGAUCUACCAGCACACCUGAAGAGGGCUUGCAUAAGCUAUAGGGGAGAGUUGACAUCUUUGUAUGAGUAUAUUCCACGUAUGAGGAAGUCAAAUCCAGAAGAGGCACAAGAUAAUAUUGCCAACGGGGUUUCCAGCCAGAGGACAUACAACAUAUUGGUAUCUCUAAGCGGACACCUAUUUGAUAAGUUUCUAAUAAACGAAGCUCUUGAUAUGAUCGAAGCAGCAGGUGGCUCAUUUCAUUUGGCUAAAUGUGAACUGGGGCAGAGCGCCGAUGCUGAAUCGUACUCAGAACUUGAAGUUGGUGCGGAUGAUAAGAGAGUAUUGGAUCAAAUCAUUGAUUCAUUAACUCGAUUAGCUAAUCCAAAUGAAGAUUAUAUAUCUCCACGUAGAGAAGCCAAUAAGAUCUCACUGAAGAUUGGAAAGGUCCAGCAAGAAAAUGAAGUAAAAGAGAAGCCUGAAAUGACAAAGAAAUCAGGUGUUUUGAUUCUUGGUGCUGGACGUGUGUGUCGCCCGGCUGCUGAGCUCCUUGCUUCAGUCAGAACCAUUUCGUCACAGCAAUGGUACAAAACUUAUUUCGGAGCAGACUCUGAAGAACAGACAGAUGUUCAUGUGAUUGUCGCAUCUCUGUAUCUUAAGGAUGCCAAAGAGACGGUUGAAGGUAUUUCAGAUGUAGAAGCAGUUCAGCUUGAUGUGUCUGAUAGUGAAAGCCUCCUAAAGUAUGUUUCUCAGGUUGAUGUUGUCCUAAGUUUAUUACCUGCAAGUUGUCACGCUGUUGUAGCAAAGACAUGCAUUGAGCUGAAGAAGCAUCUCGUCACUGCUAGCUAUGUUGAUGAUGAAACGUCCAUGUUACAUGACAAGGCUAAGAGUGCUGGGAUAACGAUUUUAGGCGAAAUGGGACUGGAUCCUGGAAUCGAUCACAUGAUGGCGAUGAAAAUGAUCAACGAGGCUCAUAUCAAAAUGGGGAAAGUGAAGUCUUUUACCUCAUAUUGUGGAGGGCUUCCCUCUCCUGCUGCAGCAAAUAAUCCAUUAGCAUAUAAAUUUAGCUGGAAUCCUGCUGGAGCAAUUCGAGCUGGCCAAAACCCCGCCAAAUAUAAAAGCAACGGCGACAUAGUACAUGUUGAUGGGGAGAAUCUGUAUGAUUCAGCCACAAGAUUCCGAGUACCUAAUCUUCCAGCUUUUGCGUUGGAGUGUCUUCCAAAUCGUAACUCCUUGGUUUACGGGGACCAUUAUGGCAUCGAGGGUGAAGCAACAACGAUAUUUCGUGGAACCCUCAGAUAUGAAGGGUUUAGUAUGAUAAUGGCAACACUUUCGAAACUUGGAUUCUUUGACAAUGAAGCAAAUCAAGUACUCUCCACUGGAAAGAGGAUUACGUUUGGUGCUCUUUUAAGUAACAUUCUAAAAAAGGAUGCAGACAAUGAGUCAGAGCCUCUAGCGGGAGAAGAAGAGAUAAGCAAGAGAAUUAUCAAGCUUGGAUAUUCCAAGGAGACUGCAGCCAAAGCUGCCAAAACAAUUGUAUUCUUGGGGUUCAACGAAGAGAGGGAGAUUCCAUCACUGUGUAAAAGCGUAUUUGAUGCAACUUGCUACCUAAUGGAAGAGAAACUAGCUUAUUCCGGAAAUGAGCAGGACAUGGUUCUUCUGCAUCACGAAGUAGAAGUGGAAUUCCCUGAAAGCAAACGUAUAGAGAAGCACAGUGCGACCCUUUUGGAAUUCGGGGACAUCAAGAACGGACAAACAACGACCGCUAUGGCCAAGACUGUUGGGAUCCCUGCAGCCAUUGGAGCUCUGCUGUUAAUUGAAGACAAGAUCAAGACAAGAGGAGUCUUAAGGCCUCUCGAACCAGAGGUCUAUUUGCCAGCUUUGGAUAUAUUGCAAGCAUAUGGUAUAAAGCUGAUGGAGAAGACAGAAUGAUCAAGAACUCUGUAUAUUGUUUCUCUAUAACUUGGAGACUAAGCUGAAGAAGACAAAGACAUUAGACCAAAAAAAAGAAGAAGGAAGAAGAUAAGUCUCAAUCCUUGAGUUACGAGUAUCUAAUGUGUUUAUAUGUAUAUGUUAUAUGUACAGAAGAACUCGUGUCCACAAUAUCUCAAUGUAUGUGUAGUAAGUGAUCAUGUGUAUGUUUGUAUGUGCACAUACUGUUAAAAAGUGAAUAAAUAAAACUGGUGAAA